AUGACCUUCUCACCCACCCCAAUGGCCGAGAGCGAGGAGGAGAUAAUGGCCGCCACCGUGCCGAUGUACUCGGUGCCAUCCUCCCCGACAUCGCUCGCGUCAUCACCUUCGCCGGUCAAGCCGUGCAGGGGGCGCGGCGGCGGCGACGACCACCGGGGCAAGGACAACGAGGCCGGCGGUGGUCUCGUGAUCGUGCGCUCCAUCCAGAAGCUGGAGGCCGACGUGGCAGAGACGCGGCAGGAGGUGGCGCAGCUCAGGAAGCGCGGCAACGAGAUGGAGAUGGCGCUGGCGAGCCUCAGCGCUCAGCUCCACCGGGGCCUCUCGAAGCUCGCCGAGAUGGAGGCCGACAAGGUGGUGUUGGCUGGGGUGGCGGGGCGGCGCAACAUCGGGGGCGACACCGACGUGGCGUCGCUCACGCUCCGGAGCGAGCGGUGGGGCGACAGGCUCGCCGCAAGCGAGUACCUGCCGUCAUUCUCACACGCGCUGAGCCUUGGCGAGAUGGACGACGUCGAGCUUAUGGGCAGCGGCCGGAGGAGGAAGGCACAGAAGGUCAAGCCCAUCGUGCCGCUCAUCGGUGACAUCCUCUUCUCCAGGAGGAAGAGCACCAAGGAGAAGGUUAACGAUGGCUUCUACAGUGGUGAUCUCUACAGCGUCCUAGGCUAG